AAGCCCAGGCAGGCAACCUUAUCAGUAUCCCGCACGGAGAGAGAGAGUGUCGUCAGUCAAUUGAUCCAGAGGAAACGUGCCACAUUGGUGAGCAUCCCAAGAGUUUGGAAACCGUGGAAGAUGGAAGACCCUACCCAGCUGAAGGAGGAAGGGAAUAAGUAUUUCCAAGCCAACGACUAUGAGAACGCUAUUAAGAGCUACUCCAAAGCUCUCAAACUCACCAAAGAUAAGUCGCUCCAGGCUCUGUUGCACCGAAACCGGGCGGCGUGUUUUCUGAAAAAGGAGAGCUAUGCCCAGGCGGCAUCCGAUGCAUCUAGAGCUAUCGACAUCAAUGCUUCAGAUAUUAAGGCCUUGUACCGACGCAGCCAGGCUCUGGAGAAGCUGGGCAAACUGGACCAGGCCUUCAAGGACAUCCAGCGUUGCGCCACCAUUGAGCCACGGAACAAAAACUUCCAAGAGACCCUUCGGCGUUUAGGAACCAACAUCCAGGAGAAGCUGCGUGUCCAGUUCUCCACCGAUGCCAGGGUGCAGCAAAUGUUUGAAAUCUUGCUGGAUGAAAAGAGUGAGAAGGAGAAGAGAGAGAAGGCUGCAAACAAUCUUAUUGUCCUCGGUCGGGAAGAAGCAGGAGCAGAGAGAAUCUUCCAGAACAACGGUAUGAACCUCCUUGUGCGGUUGAUCGACACCAAAAACCCGGAGCUGAUCCUUGCAGCAGUACGGACUUUUUCGGGGAUGUGUACGGGACACAAGGCACGGGCCACCGCCAUCCUCCACGUGCUAGGAAUCGACAAUAUUUGCCUGUGGAUGUCCAUAGACCACGAAGAGAUCUCGCUGGCCGUCGCCAGCCUCCUGCAGUCCAUCACCGACUCUUUGGCCGGGGAGGGCAGGAAGGAAGAGCAUGGGAAGGAGGACGCCCUGGUGCUGGACACAAAGAAGGAUCUGAAGGCCAUCACUGUUCACCUCCUUGAUAUGCUCCCCAGUAAAAAGGUGUCUGGACAAGGGCGAGACCGGGCACUCAAUUUACUGAAUAAGAACGUACCGAGGCAGGACCUAAGAAACCAUGACAACAGUCGCACCUUGUUUGUGAUUGACAAUGGUCUAAAAAAGAUCCUAAAAGUUGCCGGCCAGCUUCCAGACAUGCCCAACUGCCUACCUUUGACAGAGAACACCCAGUUGACGGCUUCGGUUCUUCUGAACAAAUUGUACGACGACUUGCGCUGCGACCCGGAGAGAGAGAAUUUCAGACUGAUCUGUGAAGAGUACAUCAAGAGCAAAAUUGACCCCAAGGACAUGGACAAGACCCUGCACGCCAUCCAGACGGUCUCCGGCAUCUUGCAAGGGCCUUUCGAUUUGGGCAACCAGUUGCUCGGCUUGAAGGGCGUCAUGGAAAUGAUGGUCGCCCUCUGCGGCUCCGAGAGAGAGAUCGAUCAGCUGGUGGCCGUGGAAGCCCUCAUCCACGCCUCCACCAAGCUGAGCCGGGCCACCUUCAUCAUCACCAACGGCAUCACCCUGCUGAAGGAGAUCUACAAGAAGACCCAGAACGAGAAGAUCAAGAUCCGAGCUCUGGUGGGCCUUUGCAAGCUAGGCUCCGCGGGUGGCACCGACUACGGCCUGCGACAAUUUGCCGAAGGAUCCACCGAGAAACUGGCGAGACAGUGCCGGAAGUGGCUGUGCAACCCCGCCAUAGACACGCGCACCCGGAAAUGGGCGGUGGAGGGUCUGGCCUACUUGACCCUGGACGCCGACGUCAAGGACGACUUCGUGGAAGACGAGCCGGCCAUGCAAGCCAUGUUUGAACUAGCCAAGACGAGCGACAAGACCAUCUUGUACUCCGUGGCCUCCGUCCUCGUGAACUGCACCAACAGCUACGACGUCAAGGAGAUCGUCCCGGAACUGGUGCAGCUGGCCAAGUUUUCGAAGCAGCACGUUCCGGAGGAACACCCGAAGGACAAAAAGGACUUUGUUGUCAAGCGGGUGAAACGUCUGAUCCAAGCCGGAGUCGUCUCUACCCUGGUUUGCAUGGUCAAGGCGGACAGCGCCAUUUUGACAGAUCAAACCAAAGAGCUCUUGGCCAGAGUUUUUCUCGCUUUGUGUGACGACUCCAAGGACCGUGGUACGGUUGUGGCUCAAGGGGGCGGAAAGGCCUUGAUCCCUCUGGCCAUAGAAGGCACAGAGGGCGGCAAGAUCAAAGCGUCCCACGCGCUGGCCAAGAUCGCAGCCAUCUCCAAUCCGGACAUCGCGUUCCCUGGGGAGAGGGUGUACGAAGUCGUGCGGCCGCUGGUUAGCUUACUGAACACCGACCGAGACGGGCUACAGAAUUAUGAGGCUCUGCUAGGUCUCACCAACUUUUCGGGAAGAAGUGACAAACUCCGACUGAAGAUCAUCAAAGAAAAAGCCCUGCCAGACAUCGAGAACUACAUGUUUGAAAACCACGACCAGCUCCGUCAGGCGGCCACGGAGUGUAUGUGCAACCUGGUAGUCAAUAAAGAGGUUCAGGAGAGAUUCCUAGCGGAGGGGAACGACCGACUCAAACUGGUGGUACUUCUGUGCGGCGAGGACGACGACAAAGUCCAGAACGCGGCCGCCGGGGCCCUGGCGAUGCUCACAGCGGCCCACAAGAAACUCUGCCAUAAGCUAACCCAAGUGACAACCCAGUGGUUGGAGAUACUGCAGCGGCUGUGCAUUCACGACAGGCUGGACGUACAGCACCGGGGCCUUGUCGUCGUUUACAACUUAAUCCAGGCGGACCACGAGCUGGCUAAGACGCUGGUGGAGAGCGAGAUGUUGGAGAUCCUGACCGUUAUUGGCAAACAGGCGGACGAUCCCAAGCGACAGCACGUCCUCAACGUGGCUCGCGAAUGCCUCGUGAAGUGCAUGGACUACGGGCUGAUCAAACCUGUGUCUCAGCCAUAAGGACGCAGGAAACCACGGAAAUCUAAAACGCUGAGGACUAGUGAAGUGAGGGGGAGGUAGAGACUGAAUAUGUACAGAACAGGCAU